AUGAGUGCAUAACCACAGCAAUAAAUAAUAUUUGGUGCUUGCAAAGUUAAGGAUGGAUUGUACAUAGGUGAUGAAUAUGCUGCUAAAGACAUAGAAUUUAUUGUGGCAAACAAAAUUGGCUACAUUGUUAAUUGUUCCUCUGACUCUAUUGAAAAUCUCUUAGAAAACAUCGGAAUUAUGUAUUUCUCAUUUUAAUGGCCAGAGGAUUAACCAGAAAUAGUUGUAUCAAAAGACUUUGUAAAUAAAGUUCAUGAGUUUAUAGAGGAAAGCGUUACUUUGGGUUAGAGUUGUUUGAUAACUUCCUUGCAUGGAUAGAGCAGAGCUUGCUCCUUGGUUACAAUUUAUUUAAUGAAUAAAUUCAAAUGGUCACUUUAUAAAACACUAGAAUAUUUGAACUCUCGGAGAAGUGAUUUAGAAAUCAAAACAUCCUUUUUCACUGUUCUCAACCAAAUUGAGAAAUUGCUUAAUCCAGAAACUCUCUCUAAAAAAUGGGAAAUACAACCCAACACAACUCCAGAAGAAAUCAUCAUCACCAAUACAUUUUUCAAUGCUCAAUCAUAAUAGAUAGAUUAAAUUUAUAUUUAACCAACAGAGUUCUAAAAAAUGAACAAUAAGUCCUAUAUUUCCAUUAUAGGUUGGACAGAAUAACAUGUUCAAUAAAAACACAAUCCUCUUAAUUAAUUUAAAUCAAUUCUCAAAGGAUCCAAUGCUGUUUUUACAAAGGAUGGAGGAAAUAGAAAACUUGCACUUAAAUCAUUUUCUGUAAAUAAAGAAAACAUCCCUGAAAGUGUACCUCAAAGGAAAAACACUCCUUCAUAGAGGUCUACACAAAGAAGCACCAGCAAUCCUAAAUAAUUACAGUAACCCUUAAUUGCCUCUCAGUUCAUUAAUUAAUCUCAACUUCCCCCUCAAAAUCUAUAGAAUCAAAUUACCAAUCAAACUUAGAAGAUUCCCCCCAAAAAUAUACAAGCACUCCCUCCUUCAGGAUAGAAUUCAAAAAAGUCCUUAAUUAUCUAAAAAGAAACUAGUUUACAUAAAAAAAGCAGCGGCAAUCAAGUGGUUUAUCCAGUAAAAAUCUUAAGACCGAAAAUGCCUAAUUUUGAUAAUAUUUGA